CUCGCGGGCCGGGCCCGGCAUGGUGCGCCGUCGCCGCCGAUGGCGCUGAGGCGGAGCAUGGGGCGGCCGGGGCUCCCGCCGCCGCCGCCGCCGCCACCGCCGCCGCCGCCGCCGCUGCUGCUGCUGCUGGCGGGGCUGGUCUCUUUGCUGCUCCCGGAGUCCGCGGCCGUAGACCUGAAGCUCUGGGGAGCCCCGGUGAAGAUGACCGUGUCUCAGGGGCUGCCCGUGAGGCUCAACUGCACCGUGGAGGGGCUGGACAGCCCUGACAUCCACUGGAUGAAGGACGGGGCUGUGAUCGAGACCCUGGACGAGGUGUUCAUCCAGCUGGACGAUCGGCACUGGGUCAGCUUCCUCAGCCUGAAGUCAGUGGAGCGCUCGGAUGCGGGCCACUACUGGUGCCAAACGUAUGAUGGGAGAGAAACGGAGAUGUCCCAGCAGGUGUGGCUCACUGUCGAAGGUGUGCCAUUUUUCACGGUGGAGCCCAAAGAUCUGGCAGUGCCGCCCAAUGCCUCCUUCCAGCUGUUCUGCGAGGCCGUGGGUCCCCCCGAACCCGUCACCAUUUUCUGGUGGAGAGAACACACGAAAGUUGGGGGCCCCGUUCCCUCUCCCUCCAUUUUAAAUGUGACAGGGGUGACCCAGAGCACCGAGUUUUCCUGCGAAGCCCGCAACAUAAAGGGCCUGGCCUUUUCUCGCCCUGCCACUAUUUUCAUUCAAGCACUGCCUGCAGCUCCUUUCAACGUCACAGUGACAAAGCUCUCCAGCAGCAAUGCCAGCGUGGCCUGGAUGCCAGGGGCUGAUGGCCGAGCCCUCAUCCAGUCCUGUACAGUCCAGGUGACACAGGCCCCGGGGGACUGGGAGGUCCUGGCUGUCGUGGUGCCCGUGCCACCCUUUACCUGCCUGCUCCGGGACCUGGCGCCUGCCACUAACUACAGCCUCAGGGUGCGCUGUGCCAACGCCUUGGGACCCUCUCCCUAUGCCGACUGGGUGCCCUUUCAGACAAGAGGGUUAGCCCCAUCCAGCGCCCCCCAGAACCUCCAUGCCAUUCGCACGGACUCGGGCCUCAUCCUGGAGUGGGAAGAAGUGAUCCUCAAGGGGCCUUCCGAAGCCCCCCUGGGACCCUAUAAACUGUUCUGGGUCCAAGACAAUGGGACCCAGGAGGAGCUGAUGGUGGAGGGGACCCGGGCCAAUUUGACCAGCUGGGAUCCUCAGAAGGACCUGAUCGCUCGCGUGUGCGCAUCCAACGCAAUAGGCUACGGGCCCUGGAGUCGGUCACUGGUGGUCUCCUCCCGUGACCAUGCAGGCCGCCAGGGCCCUCCCCACAGCCGCACAUCCUGGGUGCCUGUGGUCUUGGGCGUGCUCACGGCUCUGGUGACGGCUGCUGCCCUGGCUCUCAUCCUGCUUCGGAAGAGGCGGAAGGAGACACGGUUUGGGCAAGCCUUUGACAGCGUCGUAGCUGGAGGGGAGCCCGCCAUUCACUUCCGGGCAGCCCGGUCCUUCAAUCGAGAAAGGCCAGAGCGCAUUGAGGCCACACUGGACAGCUUGGGCAUCAGCGAUGAACUGAAGGACAGACUGGAGGACGUGCUCAUCCCCGAGCAGCAGUUCACCCUGGGCCGCAUGCUGGGCAAAGGAGAGUUUGGUUCGGUGCGGGAGGCCCAGCUGAAGCAGGAGGACGGCUCCUUCGUGAAAGUGGCUGUGAAGAUGCUGAAAGCUGACAUCAUUGCCUCAAGUGACAUCGAAGAAUUCCUCAAAGAAGCAGCUUGCAUGAAGGAGUUUGACCAUCCACACGUGGCCAAGCUUGUUGGGGUGAGCCUCCGGAGCAGGGCUAAAGGCCGCCUCCCCAUCCCCAUGGUCAUCCUGCCCUUCAUGAAGCACGGGGACCUGCACGCCUUCCUGCUCGCCUCCCGGGUUGGGGAGAACCCCUUUAACCUGCCCCUCCAGACCCUGAUCCGGUUCAUGGUGGACAUUGCCUGUGGCAUGGAAUACCUGAGCUCCCGGAACUUCAUCCACCGAGACCUGGCCGCUCGGAAUUGCAUGCUGGCCGAGGACAUGACCGUGUGCGUGGCUGACUUUGGACUCUCCCGGAAGAUCUAUAGCGGGGACUACUAUCGUCAGGGCUGCGCCUCCAAGUUGCCUGUCAAGUGGCUGGCCCUGGAGAGCCUGGCUGACAACCUGUAUACCGUGUACAGCGACGUGUGGGCCUUCGGAGUGACCAUGUGGGAGAUCAUGACUCGUGGGCAGACGCCUUAUGCUGGCAUCGAAAACGCUGAGAUCUACAACUACCUCAUCGGCGGCAACCGCCUGAAGCAGCCUCCGGAGUGCACGGAGGACGUGUAUGAGCUCAUGUACCAGUGCUGGAGCGCCGACCCCAAGCAGCGCCCAAGCUUCACAUGCCUGCGAAUGGAACUGGAGACCAUCCUGGGCCACCUCUCCGUGCUGUCCACCAGCCAGGACCCCUUGUAUAUCAACAUUGGGAGAGCCCAGGAGCCUGCCGAGGGGUGCAGCGGGGAGCUGCCCGGCGGGGAUCAGCCCAGUGGCGGGGCUGGGGAUGGCAGUGGCAUGAGGGCAGCAGAGGGCACCCCCAGUGACUAUCGGUACAUCCUCAGCCCCGGAGGGCUCGCUGAGCCAUCUGGGCAGGCGGAGCAGCAGCCGGAGAGCCCCGUCAAUGAGGCCCAGAGGCUUCUGCAGCAAGGGCUGCUGCCCCACAGUAGCUGUUAGCCCACAGGCAGAGGGCACCUGGGGCCAUCUGGCUGGCGCUGCCAGCUGCUGUGCUGGCUGGCUAAGCCCUGUCUGACCCCAGCCCAGGCAGCAAGGUGUGGGGGCUCCUGUGGAAGUCCUCCGAGCUGGGCUGGAAGCCUGGACUGACCAAAUUGCCCAAUCCCAGUUCUUCCUGCGGCCAUUCGGGGCUGGCCUGGCAUCGGUUCGGGCUUUGGCUUCACGGAGGUGGGCCAGGCCUGGUGGUCUGAACCCAGGCAGCUGGCAGGAGGGGUGGUGGUGGUGAUGUUUCCAUGGCUACCAUGGGUGUGGCUGGCCAUGAGGGAGGGUCCUGCCCUCCCAGCUGAGCUGUCCCUGCUGCUGUAGUGCAUGCUCUGAGCCGCCUGCAGCCUGGGGCCCAGCUGUGCCCACACUCCAGCCUUCAAUGGCCAGGCUCACCCCUCGGACUCGGAAGGAGAUGCCCUGUAUCGUUCCCUUUUAGGGGAGAGUUGGUAAGGGGCGACGACAGCCAUGUCCCAAGUCCUGUGGUAGGCAGUGGGAGGCUCUGAGGGCCGCGUCCUCGUGGAGUUUCUGAUUCCCCACUCUGCCUAGGCCAGGGGCCGUGGGGGGAGGGUCUUCUGAAGACAGUGCCCCGAGCCCAGCAAGGGAAGCGCUGCCGUGGGGCUUGCCGGCCAUGAUGGAGGCCAGAGAGGCGUCUGGGCGCUCCUCCGUGCCCUGCCCCAGUCUGAGCAUGCUACCCAUCCCCACACGUCUCACGACUAACAAAGGCAGCUGUGUGUGAGCCCAGCCCUUCCGUGCAGUGACCCUCAGCCCCAGCUUCCCAAACAACGGGAGACCCUCUUUUGUCCCUGUCUCUGGAGAGGAAAUAGGCCUAUAGCUGGUGUGGGUGAGGGGGAGAGACUGGAGUCUGGCUCCAGGCCAGGCUGGGGGAGCCUGCUGGAGUGCAUGGGGCGGGUCCUUGCUGUUAGGGGCAUUUCCAAGCUGUUAGUUGCUGUUUAAAAACAGAAAUAAAAUUGAAGACUAAAGAA